UUUUGUUGGAGAGCAAGAUCACGACACGACCCAAGAGAGCUCAUACUAAGCGUAUAUAUAUACGCUGGUUGCAUGUGUUGAGGCGUCGCUACAAUACCAGAGAAAGCAGCAGCAGCAUGGCACGUUUCGUAAUUACCUUCCUGGCGGUUUGUGUGGCGGUCGCUGCCCUACUCCCCGCUUCGGAGGCUGGACUCCGCCACGGGAUCAAACGCCUGGAACACGGAAUAGGAAAGGCCUCCAAGUAUGCGGCGGCGGCAGCUGGCGCCGUCGUUGGUGGCGCCGUCGGCGGAGCUGUUGGGGGCGCCCGGGUCGCGUCCGGUGCGGCGCAGGCCGUGGGUCACAAGGCCCACGAAGCCGCCCAUCAUACGAAGGAGGCCCUGAUCCACCGCGUGGACAGCGCCCGCCAGAAGGUCGCCGACGUCAUCGCGCCUAAGCACAGUUACUAAGGCGGCGCAGCUACUUUCACCCUCAACAGAAAUCACAAGUCAAUGGACUUAAAUAAACGUCUGGAAACCACAUGAAACAAAAACAAA